AUGCCGAGUGCGAUCGACGCCAAGGCACUGGCGGAGAGUGUGCAGGCGCAGCUUCCUGCGCACUUUCAGGAUGCGCAGCAUUCUUUGGCGAACCACCGUAAGAAUGUAGUGUCACUCUAUCGGCUGCACACCCAGUGUGCGCAGCUCACGGAGCAGACGCCGCGCGGGACGAGACUGCUUGGGGAAAAAGCGUUCAACGAGUGCUUUUUCGUAUGCUUGAACCGCGUGCUUGCGCUCAAGAAAGGAGUGAGCAAUGCAGACCGUAUCUGCAAGUUUAUUUCCGCGUAUGCCGCGUACGCCAAGGAGCAAUUUGAGUGCGCCGCAGCAAAGGCAGCGGCAAACACAGAAGACACGCCCGCCACGCGUUUUGUCACGAUUAUGCUGAAACACUUGCUAAAAGGCUUCCGUGCCAAAGACAAGAACGUGCGCCUGCGCUGCUGUAGCUGUGUUGCGCUGCUGGUCAACGUCGUGGACAGUAUUGACGACGAGCUCUUCCAAACUCUCUCGGGCUUUUUGCUCGAGCGCCUCGGAGACCGCGAAGCGAGUGUGCGCGUCCAGGCAGCGGUUGCGAUUGCUCGUCUUCAGCUGAGCGACGAGGAAGACGAUGCGAGCACCACGCGGCUCCUCCUUCACCUGCUGCGCCACGACCCAAGCGCCGAAGUGCGCCGCGCAGCGCUGUUCAACAUCACGCCGAGCCAAGCAACGCUGCCCUACAUCAUUGAGCGUCUGCAGGAUGUGGAUGCGACAAACCGGCGGUGUGUGUAUGUAGGCUCGCUCAAAUUACUGCUUCAGCUGCAGCCGACGACGGAGCUGGACGGCGUGACGAUCGCGUCGGGGCUGGGCCUCUCCGAGACAGCGGCAGCCGAAGUCGUGCGAAUCGGACUGCACGAGCGCGAGGCGAGUGUGCAAAAAGCUGCGCGCAAACUUAUGCUUCGUUGGCUCGACGCGUUUGGUGGCGACAUGGUGCGGCUGCUCGAUCAAUUGCACGUUGCGCACCACGAGAGCGGCGAGCCUGUCGUGAUGGCGCUGCUGGAAGAGGAUGCAGCCCUGGUUGACCGCACCGCGGCGCUGCUUGGUGACCAGCAGGUGUUCUGGGCCGAGACUACGCCUUCCAAAGCGCUGCUGGCCAAGUGCUUUGUCCUCUUUUGCAAGCACGCCAACGAUGACGCGCGCUUAGACGCGUGUUUACCGCCGGUCACCGCACUUGUCUUUCGCAUCGAGGCAGAGUAUGUGCAGCUGUGCGCGCUUCUCGAGCAGCAGGCUGCCGAGGAGAUGGAGGAGGACAUGCCUGCGAUCCAGGACCAUCGCUCAUUAUCCCGCAUUGUUGUUGUGCGUGAAAUGCUGGCGGUCGCGAUGCACUGUGACUACGGCGACGAGAUGGGCCGGCGAAAAAUGUUUAUGCUUGUACGCGAAAUGCUCGGAAACGCGUGGUUGCCAGCGGUACUGAUUCCAUUCUGCCUCGACGUGCUGCUGCAGCUCUCUAGUGGGCAGCGCGACUUUGUGCAAAUGGUCGUCGAGCUCGUCCAGGCGCUCGACGCUGAGACCGAAGAAGACAUAGACCCAGAUCUCAGCGCGCGAGCGCCGCUGUCGUGGCAAGCGCGCCUGGACGCAGACGCGGAUCCAGCGUCGGCCGCACAGCGCGCGGCGUUGGAUGCGCGGCGCUUGCUGAUUGUGCGCACGAUGCUGGAGCGUGUCGUGUCGCAAUUGCAAGACAAUACCGCGUUCCAUGGCCUGAUUCCCCAGCUGAUUGUGCCUGCGGUACGGAGCAAAGAUGCGGUGGUGCGCGAAGAAGGCCUCGUAUGCCUUGGACUCUGCUCUCUGCUCGACCAAAAAAUGGCGCUGGAUACAUUUCCGCUCCUUCUCGACCAAAUUCAGCGCGCGUCGGGAAGAAUACGUGUGCGCUGCAUACAAAGCUUGUUUGAUUUGAUUGUCGUGCACGGCAUCGCCGCACUGUGUACUCGGUCCGCCGACGUCGCGGCCCAGUCGGAAUUUGACGGGGACUUGGAGCGCGGCAUGCACUUUGCGCAGCAGCAAAUGGUUGGUUUCUUGCUUUCGCUCCUAGAGCACGACGACGCGGAUGUGCAGACAACAGUAGCCGAAGGCACCGCCAAGCUGAUGCUCACGGGCGCGCUGGCAGAAGACGACGUGCUUAAAAGUCUCGUGCUUACCUACAUGAGCCCCGACACCGUGGACAAUGCAGUGCUGCGCCAGUGCCUGAGCUACUUCUUGCCGCUGUACUGCAGCUCGCAUGCGCGGCAUCAGCGCAUGAUCCAGCGCAUCUUUCUUGAUACGUUCCAAGUGCUUGCAAACGUGCACGAAGAGCCUGAGACGCAGGAUAUGGUGGCACCUGCCCAGGUUGCCCUGCAGCUUGCCGACUGGUGCAAUCCCGAGAAACUGAUGCUGUCGGACCCUGACGAAGAUGUGCACGUCGAUCUGGCCAUCGAGCUCUUGCACAUCUUGUUCACGCUGCGGCACAAGGAGCAGCGCAAAGCGCUCGUCCAAGUACUCAACAAAUUGUACCUUCCUCCGUCGCUCGAUGCGGUGCGUGCAAAAACGCUGGGGAUUCUUGUGCACGAACUGCGGCAGUACUUUGUACAUGAAGACGCCACUGUGCGCAGUGCGCUUGCACGGUUCGACUCGAGCGUAGACAAGCGGUACGCAGCGCAGUGCUCGCCUUGGGCGCCGGCAUUGGCGCGUGCGGAUGGGACAUUGGCCUCCGACGCAUUCGCCGCGCUUGACGCAUUUUUCACGCAGCUUCCUCCGCCGCCUGCCGCGCCUCGUCAAGGGCGCACGCGCAAGAAUGCACGCAAAGACACAUCCGAGGAAGAGGAGUCGCUGGACGAGAGCCAUGAUUAUUCUCACGAUGAGGUUGCGCUGUAG